AUGGCUGUACUAACAGACAACGUGCCCGUAGCCCACUGGAAGAAUUCAAACGACUUUGUGCCGAUAUACAACCUUGAUCAACCUACUGCGAAGCGAAGCGAAGAGCCCAGACUCCGCCUAACCACAGCACAGCAAGCAGAGACUGCAGCUAAAAAGGAAAAAAAGGAAAAAGAAACAUACAUACCCUCGGAGGGAAAGAAAAAGCGUCAAGGAACCCCGUUUGCUUCCAUUCCAGAAGCAAUCUCAUCGCAUACGCCUCACAAGACACGCUCCCCGGCGCAUUCUUGUCUUGCCUAA